CGUCGGGGUAGUUGCUUGCAGCAGUCCCCAGCUGCUGCUACGGCUACGGCUGCUGCGUAAGAGAGAGAGAGAUAGAGCCACGAUGCAGCCACGAUACUGUGAUAAAUGAAUAAAGUUUAAUAAAGUCCCGUGACGUUACAUCGUACGUUAAUUAUAUAGAAGUAAGAGAUAGUUGACAUUGUUUAUGGUUGUGCGGUUGAACGAUGUGAUCGAAUAAACGAGACGAAGAAGGAGAAAAAAUUGUGAAAGAAAGCAACGAGCGUGUAAAGGAGACCGCUGAUCAUCCUCUGCCGAAGCUGGGGGCCUGAGGGGAGGUCGGUCAUGGAGACCGAUGCAGCGCGGAAGCUGUGCGGCCCAAGCUGCUGCUCACUUUCGCCUGACGCUGGUGAUGAAGCGCGAGCCCCAUGGCGGGCCAAUCUACUGCAAAAUGGAAACGCCCGGCAAGUACGCCCAGAUCAAGACCGUCAAGCUCUCGGCCGGGUGCACCUACAGGUUCGACGUGAGCUUCAGGCCGCCCCAAGUGCUGCAACAGAUGACGAUCGGCGGCAAGGACGUGGAGGCGGUGGAGCGCGCCCGGGACCGAAACGCCAGCGCCUACAGCGCCUACCACAGCACCAAGGACAAGGAGCCGAGCAAGCGGGGCGAGCGCGAGGAGCUGCCCAUCUACAUGUGCGUCCUCGACUCGGGCGAGCUCAUCAUCCGCCUCCAGAUCAAGUAUUAUCGGGCGGACGACCAGAGCCACUGCGAGUGGGGCUCGCGGCUGCACUGCAUCGAGCUCGACUGCUCGAGCGUCGAGGGUAGUCUGGUGAUGGUCGACCGCGAGAUGUAUCAGAAGAUCAACUCGACCACCUGACCCCGGCUUUCAUCGAGGAUCUAUCCUAUCCUGGUGAAUUGACGCUGCUUCGUGCGUUAAGCGCGUGUAACGAUGCCCAGGAUUUUCGGCAGCCACGAGUGAGGGUAAACAAAAAGAAAAAAAAAAAAAAAUAACAUUGGAAAUAUUCGUUUCACUACUUUAAUUAACUUCGACAAGAUACCUAUCUUUAUAUACACGUUAUCGUAAUUAAUAUGGCUAAAUUAAAAGAGUAGCGUCGCUUUUUGCCUGCCGUAAUGACGCUUUUUUAAGGGAUUACAAACGGAAACGGAAGAAGAUUUUAUAGAAAAAAAAAAUUUAUUUAGGAGCUAUAGGAGGCUGCCUCGGUCUACUUUACCGACUUUAGAUAGAUCUUUCGAUAAUUUGUACGUCGCAAAAUAUUAUAUACACAGAAUACGUCAGCUAUUGCGUGUGCUUUUUAUUACAUUAUAUAUCGUUACAAUUGCUUAUGUAAUUCAAUCUCUCUCGCUAAAAAGAGCACAUUCGUUUUGCGUGUUUCAUCACGGACAUGCUUUGAUAUACAAUAUAAUAAUGAUACAUAUCAGCUGAUUCGUAACGGCGAAGUUCGAGGGGGAAAAGGGGAGAGGAAGGACGCGCGCUGUUUUACCGACCGCGCAAUCAAUCAUCGUUAAUAAUGUUUCCUAUUAUUUAAUUAUUAUGAUAAUAUUUAAUGUCUUUAUGUAUACGGUUACUUCGAGAUACCGACACGGAGUUUCACUCGCGAUUUUUGAAUCAUAAUAGAUCACUGUGCUUAAUUCUCGUUCCGUCGGUAAAGUAGCACUUUUAUACUCUUCUCGUAUCGGUAUAGACUUUCUCGCAAUAAUUAAUGACGAAAUGACGCUUUUUCGAAAUCGAAUAUUAUGUAGAUAAAUAAACGAGUUGCGCAAGCAAACGAAUAGAUUAGAAACGCCGUGUAGACAAAUAAGAUGUAAUUGCUUCGUAGGAUACAGAACGAAUAGUAGUCCAUCUCUGGCAGUUUUCAGUUCCAAGUGUGUCUCCGUUUAAUAACGAACAAGCAAUAAAUAACACGUUUCUUCGAUUCUCACAUGUAUGAUUUUUUUCUACGAGCACAGUUGAAAGAACGAAAAAAAAUAUCAUUUUCGAAUUUCGCGAAGAGUAUAACUUAGGACCAAGUUUCGAAGUGAGCCAAACAAACAUUGUUGUAUUUUUGAAGAUAACGCAAUAGUCUAUACGUUACAUACCGAACGUCGAGAUUACAUAUUGUAUUGUAUAAAAUAUAUAUUUCGCAAGGCUGAAAACUGGUACCUAAUGGAUAAUAUACAUAUUUCCCAAAACGCAAUUGCAUAUCACUCUUGAUCGUUCAUUUGCCCGUCGAUAUUUGACGAAAAAGGAUAAAACAAAAAAAAAGGAUGAAAAAAAAAAAACUAUUGAAAGUUAACUAUUUGAUUUUAUAAUACUCGUUACUUAUACUCAAUAUAUAUUCUGAUAAAUUCUCUAUUCUUUCUCGAGCUCGUUCGGAGAAAAGUGAAAUAGAAAAAUAUUGCGUCGACGAUAAACGAAACCAAAAGAAAUUAAAAGAAGAGUCGAGCUGAGAAAUGUAAUUGUUUAUCGUUGUUGACAGUUAUUACACCGAAAGAUUACAAUCUUUUCUGCAUGCAAUCUCAAUAAUAAUAUAAAUAAUCAUAAUAAUGAUAACUAUAACUAAUACAAGCGACAAGACUGUCAUUGCCUUGUUUUUUACUUAUUACUAUUUUACGAUACGUUGAAAACUUCUUUAAUCUUUAAUAAAUGAAUAUUACGAUGACGUGUGAGUCGCGUAUUUCGAAUACAUUUAUAUUGUAUCGGGUGCUACGCCGCAAACACCACCAAGAUUCGAUUAUACGUAUUAAACCCACACAGCUCGCUCACACCGAUCGACGAGUGUAUAUUACACUCGAAAUAUGAGUUAUAUAUACGAUAUUGUUCUAGUUAUAAAUGAAAAAAAAAAUUAAAAUAAUAAAUGCAAUACAUCAUAUCACUCGUUACUUGUUAUGUUUCAAUUGUCAAAAUUUUUGGUGGAAAAACAAUGCGUCGCUCGUACUUGUAAUUCAUUGUGCAUAUAUAUAUGUAACCGACAAGGGCGGGGGGUGGGUUGGGGGUCAAGCAAAAAGGGGCACGAUAAUAAAUGUAAUAUUGAAAUGCAUAUCGAAAAAAAUUAAAAAAUAAAAAUAAAAAUAAAACGAAACAAUACGAAAGAGGACAAAAUAACAAAAAAAGUAUAAAUCGCGAAAGGGUCAACGAUAACGAAUUCACUUUUCUUUUAUUUUUAUACAUACUUUUUAUACGAAGCUAAAAUAAUUCGUAUGCUACAUUUUAAAUAAUAAUAAUGAUAAAAGAAAUAAAUUAUUUAUUAUAUUAUCGAUUUGUAAUAAGAAGUUAUAUAAUGCGCUACAGCACACUUUUACACUCUCAAUAAUAAUUAUUACUAAUAAUUACGAGGAAAUAAAAUGAAAAAAAAAAGAUAAAAAUAAAAAAUAAAAUAAAGAAAACUUGCAAUAGUAGAUGCGAAAAAACUCUUCUCGAAAAAAUAAAUAAUUAAAAAUAAAAUACAUUGUAAAUACUACUGGCGUUUACAUUGUAAUCUAAUAUGACAUAGAUCGUAACAAUAUAAUUAGCAAUGUAUAAUGUAACAUAGAGAAUGAAAAAUCUAUUUUGUAUUGAAAUCCCACCGUUUGAAUAAAAACUGUUGGAUAAAAAAUGUAUUAAAGGCGUGUGUCUUGUGUUAAAUUUC